AUGGAUAUAUGUCUCAUUAGGGACCAAGAACCUUCCAAAAAAGACCCAACCGGCAUCGGGAACUUGGUUUGCAAUGCAUCUCCAAGCAUGAGCAGUUCUUAUAGCAAGCCUCCGGACAGAAGUCUCUUCCUUGAAGAAAACGGUCGCACAUAUCACGGAUAUCGGAGGGAAGUCUAUAUGUUACCGUGUGAUGAAGAGGUGCAGGACCGUCUCAAUCUGUUCCAUAAGCUAUUUACAGUAGCGCGGAUGUCUGUGAGCUUAAUCUACGCGCCACACUCCAGGAAUGGUAGAUUCCUAGAUCUGGGUUGCGGGACCGGGAUCUGGGCAAUCGAUGUCGCCCAUGAAUCCCCCGAUGCCUUUUUUGUCGGGGUAGAUCUAGCACCUAUACAGCCUCCCAAUCACCCAACUAAUUGCCACUUCUAUGCGCCUUCUGACUUUGAGAGUCCUUGGACGCUUGGAGAAGAUUCCUGGGAUCUCAUUCAUCUGCUGAUGGGUUGCGGCAGUGUCGUGGGUUGGCCCAAUCUCUACAGGCGGAUCUUAAGGCAUCUUCAACCAGGGGCGUGGUUUGAACAGGUGGAAAUAGAUUUCGAACCCCGCUGCGACGAUUGCUCUCUAGACGGACUGGCACUAGGCCAAUGGUAUCAGUACCUGAAGCAGGCAACAGAAGCCACUAUGCGGCCCAUAGUCCACAACUCACGUGAUACCAUCAGAGCCCUUGAAGAGGCAGGCUUUACCCACAUCAACCAUCAGAUAGUGGGAUUGCCUCUCAACCCUUGGCAUCGUGAUGAACAUGAGAGGAAGGUCGCUCGCUGGUACAACCUAGCAUUUUCUGAGACCCCUUUCAGUCGCGUGUUCAGCUGGCCUUCAGAAAGGAUCAAACAGCUUGCAGCUGAGGCUAGAUCAGAGGCCUUCAACAAAGAAAUCCAUGCUUACAACAUCUUACACAUAUACCAAGCACGGAAGCCGGCCGGCCGGGCCCAUUGA